CCGUUUGAAUACCAUAUCACAUCUAAGUUCAGAAACAUUAACAAUGAUGUUAAAGGUAUUAUUGUUAGCGUACGUGGCCGCGGCUGUUCAGGCCGGAGGGCUGAUUGCACCUGCCAGUUAUUACGGUUCUUAUGCCUAUGGUGGCUGGAAUCCUUACAGCUCAUAUCCAGCUCAACCAGCUAUUGCUACACAACAUUCUAAUAUAUUGAGAUCACCGUUUAACUUGGGGCAGGUGUCGACCUACACCAAGGCCGUAGAUACUCCAUUUUCGAGUGUGCGCAAAGCCGAUGUACGUGUAAGCAAUCCAGGCAUCGCUAUCGCUCCAACUUACCACGGCAUAGCUGCACCCUUAGUUGGCGCACCACUACCAGCUCCUAGAGUGGCUACUGGUCUUUUGGGCGUGGCUUUCUCUGCUGCACCUGCAGUUUCACACAUGACCUAUACUAAUGGACUUGGCCUGGCUUACGGAUGGUAAUUAUGGGAAAAUGAGCAUUACAAGUUCCAUAUAAUGUUAUUUUGUCUUGUUAUUUUUGUUUUGUGACUAAUUAAGGAUUCCUUUGUUUGUUAUCUGAUAGUUUUUAUUAUAAUUUAUUUUAAUUAACUAUUAAAACAAUAUAUCAAUGUAA